AUGGCCCUCAAGCGCAUUAACAAGGAAUUGAUUGACCUCGGGCGCGACCCACCCUCGUCGUGCAGUGCUGGCCCGACUGGCGAUAACAUGUUCCAAUGGCAAGCAACUAUCAUGGGUCCUGGCGAUUCGCCGUAUGCGGGCGGCGUGUUCUUCCUCUCCAUCACCUUCCCCACCGACUACCCCUUCAAGCCGCCCAAGGUCAGCUUCACGACGAAGAUCUACCACCCGAACAUCAACGCGAACGGCUCGAUCUGUCUGGAUAUCCUCAGGGACCAGUGGAGUCCAGCGUUGACCAUUUCGAAAGUGCUCCUUUCGAUCUGCUCGAUGCUCACGGACCCGAACCCUGACGACCCGCUUGUGCCUGACAUCGCACAUUUGUACAAGACGGAUCGGGCGCGCUACGAGGCCACUGCUCGGGAGUGGACACGGAAGUACGCCAUGUAA